AUGAUAAAAAAAGAAGAACCUGAGAGGCGAGGAAGAGAUUUCAAGUCAACUAAGCGGAGUCAGAUUAGUUUAGAAGAAGCCAAAUUUUUAAUUGAUUCCAGAUAUCAAAUCAAGGAGGUUUUGGGAAAGGGCUCAUAUGGAACUGUAUGCUCAGCAGUAGACUUGGGCAUUGAAGGUAACGAGGAAGGUAUUCAACUAGCAAUUAAAAAAGUUUCUAACAUCUUUGAUAAACAAGUUCUUUUGAAAAGAGCAGUCCGAGAAUUAAAACUCAUGAAACAUUUUAAAGGUCACAGAAACAUCGUGAAUUUAAUUGAUCUCGACAUAGUUCAUAUUCAGCCCUAUGAAGGACUAUACUGUUUUCAAGAAUUAGCUGAGUAUGACUUGGCCAAGGUGAUUUACUCUGGAAUUCAAUUCUCAGAACUACACAUUCAAAGUUUCAUUUAUCAAAUUUUAUGUGGGCUCAAGUACAUUCAUUCUGCUGAUGUGAUUCAUAGAGAUCUUAAACCUGGUAACAUAUUGGUCACUACUCAUGGCACUUUAAAGAUCUGCGAUUUUGGAUUAGCGAGAGGCGUAAAUCCGGAGUUCUUUCUGCAAAGAACAGCACCUAUCACGAAUUAUGUAGCAACCAGAUGGUAUAGGGCACCUGAAUUGAUGUUGAGCAAUCGAAUAUAUAGCAAAGCAGUUGAUAUUUGGGCCGUGGGAUGCAUACUAGCAGAGCUAUACGGAAGAAGACCUAUAUUCAUGGGAAAAGACCAAAUUGACCAGCUCCACAAAAUCUUCAGAAUCUUGGGCAGCCCACCUAUUGAUGUAAUUAGGAAGCUCCAAUGGAGGUACACAGUUCCUCCCAGAAUGCAGUACAAAGUGGUAUCAUUUGCCCAUAUAUACCCUUUUGCUUCAGAAGGCGCGUUAGACUUAUUAGAAUCAUUAUUGAAAUGGGAUCCAUCCGCUAGACCGGACAUAUAUCAAGCUUUGUCGCACCCAUUUUUAGAAAAGAUUCGAAAUAAAGAUUGCGAAUCUGAAUGUAAACAAGUUUUUGACUUCAGCUUUGAAAAUUCAUUUACAUCGAUGGCGGAUUUGAAGCAGCUUCUCUACGAUGAGGUGCAAGCUUUCAAAGUGGAGCGUCGUCGCAUUCAAUCGUAA